UUUUGGAAUCACUAAAACUAAUCUCCAGGACCAGGACUCUUCUCCCAGCCUCUAGGGCCCUGCCAAAGGUAGGGGAGUCGUCGCGCUGAGGGGCCUGCAGGAAGGGGAGUUGGGAUGAAGAGGAUGGUAGAGGGACCAGAGGAUGGUGGAGGGACCAAAAACAAGGGAUGGUGCUCCCUUCUCCUCCUCCUCCUCCCUCUCCUGCUCUUCCUCCCCCCCCACCCUGUCCUCUCUUUUCCUCUCUCCCCCUCCUGUCUCCUUCCCUCUCUUCCUUCCAGGCCUCCCUUGCCAUGCAGCCCAUCACUGUCUGGCAGUGGAGCCCAUGGGGGCUGCUGCCGUGCCUGCUGUGCAGUUUGAGCUUGGGGUCUCCAUCACCUUCCACUGUCACAGAGAAGAAGGCAGGAAGCCAAGGGCUAAGGUUCCGGCUGGCUGGCUUCCCCAGGAAGCCCUAUGAGGGCCGCGUGGAGAUACAGAGAGCUGGUGAAUGGGGCACUAUCUGCGAUGAUGACUUCACACUGCAGGCUGCCCAUGUCCUCUGCCGAGAGCUGGGUUUCACAGAGGCUACGGGCUGGACCCACAGUGCCAAAUAUGGCCCUGGAACAGGCCGAAUCUGGCUGGACAACCUGAGCUGCAGUGGGACUGAACAGAGUGUGGCAGAAUGCACCUCUCGGGGCUGGGGCAACAGUGAUUGUACCCAUGAUGAGGACGCAGGGGUCAUCUGCAAGGACCAGCGCCUCCCUGGCUUCUCAGACUCCAAUGUUAUCGAGGUAGAGCAUCACCUGCAAGUGGAGGAGGUCCGACUUCGCCCGGCUGUUGGGUGGGGCAGGCGCCCCCUGCCCGUGACUGAGGGGCUGGUUGAAAUCAAGCUUCCUGAUGGCUGGUCUCAAGUGUGUGACAAAGGCUGGAGCGCCCACAACAGCCACGUGGUCUGCGGGAUGCUGGGCUUCCCCGGUGAGAAGAGGGUCAACACGGCCUUCUACAGGCUGCUGGCCCAGAGGCAGCAACACUUCUUUGGUCUGCAUGGGGUGGCAUGCGUGGGCACGGAAGCCCAUCUCUCCCUCUGUUCCUUGGAGUUCUAUCGUGCCAAUGACACCACCAGGUGCCCUGGGGGAGCCCCUGUGGUGGUGAGCUGCGUGCCUGGCCCUCUCUACACAGCAUCUACUGGCCAAAAGAAGCAACCGCAGUCGAAGCUUCAGGGAGAGGCCCAUGUACGUUUAAAGGGUGGAGCCCAUCCUGGUGAGGGCAGGGUAGAAGUCCUAAAAGCUGGCACCUGGGGUACAGUCUGUGACCGCAAGUGGGACCUCCUGGCAGCCAGUGUCGUGUGUCGGGAGUUGGGCUUUGGCACCGCUCGAGAGGCUCUGACUGGUGCUCGCAUGGGGCAAGGCAUGGGUGCCAUCCACUUGAGUGAAGUUCGGUGUUCUGGCCAGGAGCCCUCCCUCUGGAAAUGUCCCUACAAGAACAUUACAGCUGAGGACUGUUCCCAUAACCAGGAUGCUGGUGUCCGAUGCAACCUACCCUACACUGGGGUGGAGACCAAGAUCCGACUUAGUGGGGGCCGCAGCCGAUAUGAGGGGCGAGUUGAGGUGCGAACAGGAGGACCUGGACAUCUUCGCUGGGGUCUCAUCUGUGGGGAUGACUGGGGAACACUGGAGGCCAUGGUGGCCUGUAGGCAACUUGGUCUGGGCUAUGCCAAUCACGGCCUGCAGGAGACCUGGUACUGGGACUCAGGGAAUAUCACUGAGGUGGUGAUGAGUGGAGUGCGCUGCACAGGGACCGAGCUGUCCCUGGACCAGUGCACCCAUCACAGCAGUCACAUCACCUGCAAGAGGACGGGCACCCGCUUCACAGCUGGAGUCAUCUGUUCUGAGACUGCCUCAGAUCUGCUGCUGCACUCUGCCCUGGUGCAGGAGACAGCCUACAUUGAGGACCGGCCCCUGCACAUGCUGUACUGUGCUGCUGAAGAGAACUGCCUGGCCAGCUCUGCCCGCUCGGCCAACUGGCCUUAUGGCCACCGGCGUCUACUCCGAUUCUCCUCUCAGAUCCACAACUUGGGACGAGCUGAUUUUAGGCCCAAGGCUGGUCGCCACUCCUGGGUGUGGCAUGAGUGUCACGGGCAUUACCACAGUAUGGACAUCUUCACUCACUAUGAUAUCCUGACCCCCAAUGGCACCAAGGUGGCUGAGGGCCACAAAGCUAGUUUCUGUCUAGAAGACACUGAAUGUCAGGAGGAUGUCUCCAAGAGGUAUGAAUGUGCCAACUUUGGAGAGCAAGGCAUCACUGUGGGUUGCUGGGAUCUCUACAGGCACGAUAUUGACUGCCAAUGGAUUGACAUCACAGAUGUGAAGCCAGGAAACUACAUUCUCCAGGUGGUCAUCAACCCAAAUUUCGAAGUAGCAGAGAGUGACUUCACCAACAACGCAAUGAAAUGUAACUGCAAAUAUGAUGGACACCGUAUCUGGGUGCACAACUGCCACAUUGGUGAUGCCUUCAGUGAAGAGGCCAACAGGAGGUUUGAGCGCUAUCCUGGCCAGACCAGUAAUCAGAUCGUCUAAGUGCCACCACCCUCCUCUGCAAACCACCACUACCCCCCUCCCCUCAAUGGCAGGGGUCUGAGGCUGCCUUUACCUCAGGAGCUUACCACAGAAGGCCAGAAGUCAGAAGGCCCUUCACAUGUAUCAUCUGAACACUAUGGAUGCGGAACUUUGCCAUCGCCCACCUUCCCAGGCCAGCUGUCAGCAUCUGUGGCCGAGCACGGGGAAUGUAUACCCAGGCCCAGCACCGAGCAGAGCACACAACAAAGAUCAGUACCUGAAUCACUGCCCGAGCAACAAGUGGCAGCAGCUCAUUUUCUUGAAUAGAGAGGUCAGGAUGGUCAGUUCCUUGUAGCUCUCCUACGUUCAGGGGAAAUACAGCUUUACCUCUAGCCUUCUGGUGGGGGAAAAUAUCCAGCUCCUGCCCUCAACUUUUGACGAUAACAUGUUACUAGAUAUAAGUUUAUUUUAUAUAAAAAGUGUUCAAUUCUUCG